CAGAUUUGGGUAUUUCUACUUUAACUGCGAAUUCAAUUCCUAAUAGCAUUAAUUGGGAAACAAAAACCAAAAAAGAAAAGAAGAAGCAAAACAACUUUGAAAGCUUCCUCGUUUAAUAGUUUCGUUGGCUCUCAAUCGAAGAAAGCUUUAAGCUCACAGAAUUUGCUUUUGAGGAUUGAUAUGGACAAUCUCAGCGUUGCUCCAUCAGAAUCUGAGAUCAAAGAGGAUAUGUCUUUGAAGAAUCAUCCUCCAGACAAGGAUAAGGACAAGGACACAAUCAUGGAACCACCUAGUAGUCCACGUCAUAGGAAGGUUGUUGCUAGAUGGUUACCUGAUGAAGCGCAGAGGCCGAUGAUCGAUGAUGCUCCCGUGUUCACCCCAUCGUUAGAGGAGUUUGAAGAUACACUUGCUUAUAUUGAAAAGAUACGUCCACUAGCAGAACCGUUUGGUAUCUGUCGAAUCAUCCCACCAUCGACAUGGACUCCUCCUUGCCGGCUUAAGGAGAAGAGUAUAUGGGAGCAUACAAAGUUCCCCACUCGGAUUCAGAACGUGGACCUUCUUCAGAACCGGGAGCCGAUGAAAAAGAAACCGAAGAGCAGAAAGCGGAAAAGGAGAAGAAACUCAAGAAUGGGUUCUUCUAGGAGACGAUCUGGUUCUUCUCCUUCUGAAUCAACUUCAUCUCCCGAGGCUGAGGAGAAAUUUGGCUUCAAUUCUGGUUCAGACUUCACUCUUGAUGAGUUUGAGAAAUUUGCUCUGCAUUUUAAAGACUCAUACUUCGAAAAGAAAGACUCUAGUGGAGAUAUAGUAAGAUGGACACCGUCCGUUGAUGAUAUAGAAGGCGAAUACUGGCGUAUAGUAGAGCAACCAACAGAUGAAGUAGAGGUAUACUAUGGUGCUGACUUGGAGAAUGGGGUACUUGGAAGCGGGUUUUAUAAAAGAGCAGAAAAGUUAGCCAGUAGCGAUAUGGAUCAGUACACAGUUUCUGGCUGGAACUUGAAUAACUUACCACGUCUCCCUGGCUCUGUACUCUCUUUUGAGGAUUGUGAUAUCUCCGGAGUUUUAGUUCCAUGGCUUUAUGUGGGAAUGUGUUUUUCAUCAUUUUGUUGGCAUGUGGAGGACCACCAUUUAUAUUCACUGAACUAUCAUCACUUUGGGGAGCCAAAAGUAUGGUAUGGUGUUCCAGGAAGCAAUGCAACAGCUCUCGAGAAGGCGAUGAGGAAACAUCUACCUGACUUGUUUGAUGAACAGCCUGAUCUACUUCAUGGCCUGGUUACUCAGUUUUCUCCUUCAAUCCUGAAAGAUGAGGGAGUCCAAGUUUACCGGGUGGUUCAGAAUGCAGGGGAGUAUGUACUGACAUUCCCGAGGGCGUAUCAUGCUGGGUUCAACUGCGGUUUCAACUGCGCAGAAGCGGUUAAUGUGGCUCCUGUUGACUGGUUGGCUCAUGGACAGAACGCUGUGGAACUAUACAGUAAAGAGACAAGAAAGACUUCUCUGUCUCACGACAAACUUCUUCUUGGAGCAGCUUAUGAAGCCGUUAAGGCUCUUUGGGAACUCUCAGCUUCUGCGGAAAAGAAAAAUACAACGAACUUGAGAUGGAAGAGUUUCUGUGGGAAGAACGGAACACUUACCAACGCGAUCCAGGCUCGGUUACAGAUGGAAGAGGAAAGAAUUGCAGCUCUUGGUAGGGAUUCUUCGAGCUUGAUGAAGAUGGAGAAGGACUUUGAUUCAAGCUGUGAAAGGGAAUGCUUCUCAUGCUUUUAUGAUUUGCAUCUCGCAGCUUCUGGCUGCAAGUGCUCUCCUGAAGAAUAUGCGUGCCUUAAACACGCAGAUGAUCUUUGUUCAUGCGAUGAGAAAGAUGGAUUCAUCCUUGUCCGGUACACAAUGGAUGAGUUAAGCUCGUUGGUCAGAGCAUUGGAAGGGGAAUCAGAUGAUUUAAAGAUAUGGGCUUCCAAGGUCUUAGGAAUUGAACUCAGUGAUGAAGAUCAGACAAAGACUAGUUCAGUUAUAAGCCAGGAGAAGAAGCUAAAGGAAGGUUCAUUUGAUCUCAACAUUGACUUGGAGUUGGAUUGUCAAGAAGACCUUAAAGAAGAAGCCAGUACCAGUGGUGGCGAGUUAACUUCCUCAGAGAACCUUGGUGUAUCAGUCGAGCCUAUAAACCUCGGGGUCUUGAUUUUUGGAAAGCUUUGGUGCAAUAAGCAUGCUAUAUUCCCAAAAGGAUUCAGGAGUCGUGUUAAGUUCUACAACGUGCUUGAUCCAACAAGAAUGAGCACUUACAUCUCCGAGGUGUUGGAUGCAGGACUCAUGGGACCAUUGUUCAGAGUUACUCUGGAAGAAUCUCCAGACGAGAGCUUCUUCAAUGUUUCAGCCCAACAAUGCUGGGAAAUGGUGUUUCAGAGAGUCAAAGAUACACGCACAAGUCUUGGUCUUCCUAGUUUACCGCAAUUGGAGGGUGGUAUCAAUGGGCUUCAAAUGUUUGGUUUCCUCUCUCCCUCUAUAGUUCAGGCCAUUGAAGCUCUUGACCCAAACCAUCGACUCGUUGAGUACUGGAACCACAAGAACCAAGCCUCAGCAGACUCUAAAGAUCACUUCAUAACAUCAAACUGUUCCGUGAGUUUAACCAAAGGAAAACUUUUCGGAGUAGAUUUGAUGUAGAAAACAAACUCAAGAAGAGAACAAGACAGUACCAACUCCAAGACAACAGCAACAAACAAACAACAUAGAUAGAAUAAAUUUAUUUCUGAUUAAAUUUUUGUUUUGGGAGCAUUUAUUCAUAAUCUUUGUUCUUUUGAUCUUGAACAAAUAACCUAACCUUAGAGUUAGAAGUGUAAACUAUAGAAAGUUCGAUUCUUUUGCUAAUGCGAAACUCAUAAUAAUACAAAAUUUCUUCUUAUA